AUCAAAAGUCUACAGACGUUUACAUUUUCAACUUAUCGGAUGCUGAAUUCACCAUCAAAUUUGUCGACUAUGGUGUCUAAUGCUUCAUCGUCUUUCAACAGAAAGCGAUCUGUACGGCGGUCUUCCAACAAGAAAUAUACACUUAAAGAUUAUACAGAUUACCUUGCUGAACACCAAAUAGAUGCUCCGUUAAAAGUCAUCGCUACUAUUUGCGUAUGUUACCUGGUGGGCAUCCCCUAUUUCGACAAAUUUUUAUUUAUCGCGCACCAGGAUGCGACAACUGGCCUUUAUGGGAAAGGAGGAUGGGAUUUGAUGUUUUUGUUCUUCUAUAUUAACGUGUUCACCAUGCUGCGAGCUGCUACCAUGGAAUAUGUGUUGAUUCCCAUUGCCGUCGCCGGCGGAGUCGCGAAGAAGAAGAGAACUCGCUUUGCGGAGCAGAUGUGGACCGUCAUUUACUAUUCGGUUAGCUUUUUAGUUGGUGUGCACCUCGCAUAUAAUUCAACAUACUGGUUCAACACAUCUGAGUUCUGGAGAGGCUACCCACAUAUCUAUCAGACAAAGCUAUUCAAGUACUAUUAUGUUGUCCAGUUUUCUUAUUGGCUACAACAAAUCUUUGUUCUGCAAAUUGAGGCACCACGCUCCGAUUAUCGUGAACUUGUACUUCACCAUAUCACCACAUUGCUGCUCAUUAGUUUGAGUUAUUCCAUGAACUACACUCGUAUCGGAAAUGCUAUCUUUGUCUGCAUGGAUCUUCCAGAUGUUUUGUUAGCACUGGCAAAAUCGUUCAAUUACCUUAACUAUCGGUUUUUGUGCGACUCAUUAUUCUUCAUCAUGUUGUGUACAUGGGUCUACACUAGAGUGUUCUUGUACGGAUGCAUCAUCUGGUCUACUUACACCGAGCCAGAUUUGUAUGUCAAUUUCAAGUUGGACCCAUUGAACGGCAGCUGGUUUCCCUACUUUGCAAAGUACAUUAUCCUUUUCCUGGAACUGGUCUUGUAUGGACUCAUGUUGUUCUGGACGGCAAUGAUGUUCAAGGUGCUGUUUAAAGUGUUGUUUGGCAACGCAGCAAGUGAUGAACGCAGUGAUGAUGAAGAUGUCCCGGAAGAGAAUGAUAGACAGACCACAGCUGGAACGACAAGUGCUGUUCAAUCUCAUAAUGGUGCUCCCACCAAAAGAAAGUAAUAAUCCAGACGAGCGAACGGGCAAGUCAUGCAAGUAAAUCUGAUGGCAGCUUGUUAAUAUUCCUCCAUUUUUUAUCUGGGAUGUGAGUGAUGUGUUCCUGGUUUUUUUUUUUUACCUUCCCACACCGAUUUAUACUUGCACCCGCAAGGACUAGCGUGUAAUUUUCAAUGUGUUCUUUUUUACGUAGAAAUCCAGGUAGAUAAUUCAGCUUAGUUGUAAUGGAACCAUAAUUCCAUGUAGUACGCUUGUUACUUAAUUAUGUGUUCUUUCUGUUUAUUGCGUUGCUCACCCACAUCUUGCGUUGACAUUAUCUUUUUCUUUAUAAUAAUAACAUAAUCAUUGUCUUCACUUAGCGUUGGUGGUUUGUAACUAAUACCCAAUCAAGCAGGA